AUGAAUCUACCUCUAGUUUUGAUAUUCUGCCUGAUUUCUGGAGCUGUGAGUUUUCCGUGCUAGUUUGAAAUAACCUGAUUAACUUUUCAGAGAGCAUACUCGCUCGAUGAGACAGUCGACUGUGCCAGGACCGCCUUCAAAGACACCAUCAGCGAGCUGUCCGAGUUCUCUGACUUCCAGUUGGAAUCCUUUCAGAAUAUCAGUCCGGAAACCAAGAAGAAAUUGAAAGUAACGAUGAUGGGUGCGCAUUGUCUCAUCUUCCGUUUUAGUCGAGGGAAUUCCAGACGUGCUCUCUUCGUUGGGCCUUCUUCUCGAACUCUCGACGGCGCCUUCCGUCUCCUUGGCAACUCUGCCCUUAUUCAGUUAGUCAACGCCUCCUACUACUUUAAUGCUGAAACAAUUCCAGUUGUUCGUGCUAAAACACUGAUGGCUCUUCUGGAAAGAGACAUGGAUAACUUGAAACCUGAAACGGAACACCUCUCGAGCACAGUCCAGCCAAUCAUAGAUAAAGUGAGGGCAGUGGUAAACGGACUGCCGAUGAAAACAGUCGAGUGCUUCAAGUCCGUUAACAAGAGAUGA